AUAUAUAAGAGAUACUUCUUUCGGAAGAAGAAGAGAUCUUAGCAGUAGUGAACGGCAGCACCUUUGGGAGAGAGAUAAGUCAUUUUGUCUCCCUUGUAUUCUCACCGUAUUUCUCUUGUGUGCUGAGAGGCCAAAAAUGACCGACCCAGGUUCAUUUUCCGGCAAAAAUGAGGCCAAGAAGAAGAAGAAGAAAGAAGAAGGGAAGAAGCAGAAUAAAGUUACAGUGGCAAAACUAUUUUCGUUUGCCGACUCUUAUGAUCUCUUUCUGAUGGCAAUCGGAUCAGUUGGUGCAUGUGUUCAUGGCGCUUCGGUUCCAGUGUUCUUUAUUUUCUUUGGGAAGUUGAUUAAUGUUAUUGGAAUGGCUUAUCUCUUCCCCAAAGAAGCUUCCCACAAAGUUGCCAAGUAUUCACUGGAUUUUGUAUAUCUCAGUAUUGUUAUAUUGUUUUCUGCAUGGACAGAGGUGGCCUGUUGGAUGCAUACUGGGGAAAGGCAAGCGGCAAAGAUGAGGAUGGCAUAUUUGAGGUCCAUGUUGAAUCAAGAUAUUACUCUGUUUGACACUGAAGCUUCCACAGGAGAGGUCAUUGCUGCAAUUACAAGUGACAUUACUGUUGUUCAAGAAGCCCUUUCUGAGAAGGUAGGGAACUUCAUUCACUACAUUAGCCGUUUUCUAGCAGGCUUCCUUAUUGGGUUUCUUAGGAUCUGGCAAAUCACUCUGGUAACACUAUCAAUAGUCCCCUUAAUUGCUCUUGCUGGUGGCAUCUAUGCCUGGGUAAGUUUUGGUCUCCUUGCCAGAGUUCGAAAAUCCUAUGUCAAGGCUGGUGAGAUUGCUGAAGAGGUGAUUGGAAAUGUUAGAACAGUCCAAGCAUUUGCAGGGGAAGAGACAGCAGUGAGAUCAUAUAAGAAUGCUCUCAUGAAUACAUACAAGUAUGGGAGAAAAGCAGGAUUAGCCAAAGGGCUAGGACUAGGCUCCUUGCAUUGUGUCCUUUUCCUUUCAUGGGCAUUGCUUGUUUGGUUCACUAGCAUUGUUGUUCACAAGAACAUCGCGAAUGGAGGGGAAUCUUUCACCACCAUGCUCAAUGUUGUUAUCGCUGGCCUGUCACUAGGACAGGCAGCACCAGACCUCACUGCUUUUAUCCGAGCUAAGGCAGCUGCAUAUCCCAUUUUUGAGAUGAUAGAGAGGGACACUGUGAGCAAAGCCAGCUCAAGGACUGGCCAGAAACUAGACAAAGUAGAGGGCUGCAUUCAGUUUAAGAAUGUCUCUUUUAGCUACCCAUCUCGUCCAGAUGUAGUUGUCUUUAAUAAUCUGUGUCUUGACAUCCCUUCUGGAAAGAUUGUAGCCCUUGUGGGAGGAAGUGGGUCUGGAAAGAGCACGGUUAUAUCUUUGAUUGAACGGUUUUAUGAGCCCCUUUCUGGAGAGAUUCUAUUAGAUGGGCAUAAUAUCAAAGAGCUUGACCUCAAAUGGUUUAGGCAGCAAAUUGGCUUGGUAAAUCAGGAGCCUGCCCUUUUUGCUACAAGUAUUAGGGAGAACAUACUUUAUGGAAAAGAUGAUGCCACCCUUGAUGAGAUCACACGUGCAGCCAAAUUUUCAGAGGCUCUCUCUUUCAUAAACAACCUUCCUGAGAGAUUUGAAACUCAGGUUGGUGAGAGAGGAAUACAACUCUCUGGUGGACAAAAGCAAAGGAUUGCAAUAUCACGUGCAAUUUUGAAGAAUCCGUCCAUACUUUUAUUGGAUGAAGCUACAAGUGCACUGGAUUCUGAGUCUGAGAAGAGUGUGCAGGAGGCACUUGAUCGCGUCAUGGUUGGACGAACAACUGUAAUGGUAGCGCAUCGGCUUUCUACUGUAAGAAAUGCAGAUAUAAUUGCUGUUGUUUAUGAAGGGAAGAUAAUAGAAACUGGGAACCAUGAGGAGCUUAUUUCGAACCCAAACAGUGCUUAUGCAUCGCUAGUUCAACUUCAAGAGUCUGCAGGUUCUCUGCAACGCUACCCUUCACUUGGUUCUAACUUGGGACAAACACCAAGCGCAAGAUACUCACGUGAACUAUCCCGCACCACAACAAGCUUUGGUGCUAGUUUUCGUUCUGAUAAAGAAUCUCUUGGCCGUAUUGGUGUUGAGGGAGAGGAGACUGUGAAGUCGAAAUAUGUUUCUGCUAGUAGACUCUAUUCCAUGGUUGGCCCAGAUUGGGUUUAUGGGGCGUUGGGCACUAUAUGUGCAUUUAUUGCUGGAGCACAGAUGCCCCUCUGCGCUCUUGGGUUAUCUCAAUCACUUGUGGCCUAUUACAUGGAUUGGGACACAACACGUCAUGAGAUCAAGAAGAUUGCAUUGUUAUUCUGUGGGGCUGCAGUUGUAACAGUCAUUGUGCAUGCAAUCGAACAUUGUUGUUUUGGAAUCAUGGGAGAGCGACUCACUCUUCGUGUGCGAGAGAUGAUGUUUUCGGCCAUUUUGAGGAAUGAGAUUGGGUGGUUCGAUGACACAAACAACACAAGUUCUAUGCUUUCUUCGCGUCUAGAAAGUGAUGCAACUCUUUUACGAACUAUAGUUGUUGAUCGCUCUUCAAUUCUUUUACAGAAUGUAGGAUUCAUCAUUACCGCUUUUAUCAUUGGCUUCUUCUUGAACUGGAGGAUCACACUUGUUGUCAUCGCCACAUACCCUUUGAUCAUUAGUGGUCACAUCAGCGAGAAACUUUUCAUGCGAGGCUUUGGUGGCAACUUGAGCAAAACCUAUCUGAAAGCUAACAUGUUGGCUGGUGAGGCUGUGAGUAAUCUCCGAACUGUUGUUGCAUUUUGCGCUGAGGAGAAGAUCCUAGACCUUUAUGCUCAUGAACUUGUUGAGCCUUCCAGGCGUUCAUUUACUCGUGGUCAGAUUGCAGGCAUAUUUUAUGGCUUAAGCCAGUUCUUCAUCUACUCAUCCUAUGCCCUCGCCUUAUGGUAUGGUUCUGUUUUGAUGGGGAAGGGGCUCGCUAGCUUCAAAUCUGUCAUGAAAUCAUUUUUUGUUCUGAUUGUAACGGCAUUAGCCAUGGGUGAAACAUUGGCAUUGGCCCCAGACAUCUUGAAGGGGAACCAAAUGGUGGCAUCAGUGUUUGAUGUGACAGACAGAAAGACAGAGAUAACAAGUGAUGUUGGAGAAGAGUUAAUGACAGUGGAGGGAACAAUUGAACUAAGAGGCAUCCAAUUCAGUUACCCUUCGAGACCAGAAGCUGUGAUAUUUAAAGACUUUAAUCUAAAGAUUCGUUCAGGGCAGUGUAUGGCAUUAGUGGGGCAAAGUGGUUCUGGUAAAAGCUCUGUCAUCUCUCUUAUACUGAGAUUUUAUGAUGCAACCGCCGGGAAAGUGAUGAUAGAUGGGAAAGACAUCAAGAAACUGAAGCUCAAGUCUCUUAGGAAACACAUUGGCCUAGUCCAACAAGAACCAGCUCUUUUUGCCACAUCAAUAUAUGAAAAUAUUGUUUAUGGAAAAGAGGGAGCUUCUGAAGCUGAAGUAAUUGAAUCAGCUAAGCAGGCUAAUGCUCAUAAUUUUAUCAGUGCACUUCCUGAGGGCUACUCUACAAGAGUGGGUGAACGAGGAGUGCAACUCUCUGGUGGCCAGAAACAAAGGGUAGCCAUUGCCCGAGCCAUUCUCAAGGACCCAGAAAUCUUGUUACUAGAUGAAGCCACUAGCGCUCUAGAUUUGGAAUCAGAGCGAGUUGUGCAACAAGCUUUGGACAAAUUGAUGAAGAACCGAACAACGGUCAUGGUAGCUCAUAGGCUGUCAACAAUAAGAAAUGCAGACCAAAUAUCAGUUUUGGAAGAUGGAAAGAUAAUAGAGCAAGGGACUCAUUCAACACUUACGGAGAACAAGAGUGGAGCAUACUAUAAGUUGAUCAACAUUCAGCAACAACAACAGAGAUAAUAACCAAAUUGAAAACAAAUAGCACAAAUACUUUUUACACUUUUUUUAAUCACCAUGUAUAUGGAGAUUUAAGGAGUACUGAUUAAUAUUUAUAUGUCAAAAUAAUGACCAUACUGUUGAGGCAUGGUGUAAAAGUAUAUAGUGCAUGCCAUUUCCCAUUUUUUUGGGGUUA